UGACUAGUUUGAUAACUAAAAAGUAAAUAUUUUGGUGUUUUUAUUUAUUUACUUGUCACUAAUAUUUUUAAAAAAUGUCUCAAGUAAUUUUAGAUGAAGAUAAUCGCAAGCAUCUUGAAUUUUUAUCAAAACUACCACCGCAAGUUCUCCAGGAUUUUUGUAAAUUAACCAAUGAUUAUUUUCAAAAAGGACAUAAUUAUAAACUUUAUAUUAAUGCUGCUCAAAAACUGGAGGUAGAACCGGAUAAUAUCAAGCAAUCAAUUGAAGGAUUGAUCAAUUUAUUGAUAGAAUCAUGCAAAAAUAAGUUAACUCCCGAUGAUUUGAAAGAAUUAGUAAUUUCUCUAGGAUUUACUGACGACAAAGAACCAUUAAUAACUAAUUUAUACACUUCUAAAAAGCCAGAGUUAGAAUCAUCAUUAACAAAUAUCGGCUUUAAAUUACCCGAGUAUCAUAACAUGGAGUGGAGAUUUGAAACUCAAAUUGCCUCAAGAUCAAUGUUAAAGCAAUGCGAUCCUUUUGUAACAAUGGACUUUGCUUUAAAAAAUUCCGACGAGUCCAACAAACUCCAGCACAUUAUCCUCCAGUCAGAUGCUACAAACUUGCUACACGUUGCUGAAGAACUUGAAGCAGCUUUGCUUGAAGGACGUAGCCAACAAAUUCGUAAGAUUAAACGAUCACUGAAAUAAAUAAACUUUAAUUUUACCUUAACAAUAAUAA